GGCUCGUCCCCUCUCAGGUAUCGGCAGGGCCGGGCUCAGGUGUGCGGGAUGAGGGGCAGCAGCCUGGUGGAAAAAAGCCGAUUUUAUCCUCCUUCCUCCAGGCCAGUGGAAAAGGCCCCGGCCAUGUCCCGCCCGUGAUGCCGCUCGGUGAAGGCCCAAGCACAGGAAAUGUCCCCCGAGGAGCUCGCCGCCCUGCUCUGUGGGGAAGGGGACGAGCACCUCUCCCAGCAGGAAUUUCCAGCAGCCACGGCUUUUUACCUGGCCGCCUUCAGCUGCUGUGCCCCCACAGCAGCGCAGAGAGUGAACUCCAUGGCCUGCGGGCUCUGGGAGCGAGUGGUGGCCACCUUGGAGGCCUGGUGCCAAGGCAAGGCUCAGAUCCCCAAAAUCCAGAGCAGGAACCUGGCCGUGGUGUCCCUCAGCGUGGGAAUAGCUGCAAUUUUCCUCUCCACCCUGAUCCCCAAAAACUUGGUGGCCUCUGUGUACGAGCUGGAGGCCCUGCUGCGGCGAGGGUGCUCGGAGGAGGUGGUGAGAAAAUGCAAUCUCCUGCUGGAGGAUAACCCAAGGGGCUCCAUGGAGCUGCUGCUGCUGAGGGCGCUGGCACGGGUUCUCUCAGGGACACAGGUUGGGAAGGGAAUUAUGGAUUACGUCCAAGCCUUUUUGCUGCACCAAACUGAGGCAGCGGCCUACGUGUGCAGCAGGCAAAGGGAGCACCUGCCCCAGGUCGUCCAGGCUUUCUCUGAUCAUCUCUCCAUGUACCAGGAGGGAAGCCCAAGCUGCAAAUCCUCGGAGAAGUGGCUGGGUGACUGCUACAGCUUCCUGGCUGCGGUGGCACCCGGGCACACCUGGGUGUGCAGGGCACGGGCAGCCCACCUCCGAAAAACAGGAGAGUUUCAGGAGUGUGUGGCUGUCUGCACCAGGGCCCUUGAGGGAUUCUCAGCUGAGAAUCUCAGAGGUGAGGAUGUUCUGGCUCUCCUCCUGGAGCGAGCUGCUGGGUAUUUCCUCCUGGGAGGAUGCACACAGGAAAUGAUGCAGGAUUUAGCAGCAGCCUUUGCAGCAGACCCUGCCCAGGCAAUGAAACGCUUUGAAGAGCUUUUCUCACCCUGUGAUGCUGAGAAGGUCGAGGAGCAGGCCAGAGCUGCCCUGGAGGGGAGGUUUGCAGCAUACAGGGAGGCUGUGCGUGCUCGGGCUGAGCUCAGGGGCACUUGUGGCACUGAGCUGCUCCCUCCUGUCAUCCAGACAAUCCAGCUGCUCCUGCACAUCUGCCCAGGGUCCAGCCGGGAGCUCAGUGUCCGGCUGGCAGAAUGUCACCUCCUGCAGGGACACCCCGGGGCCGCCCUGGACAUGUGUGAGCAGCUGCUGGCAGCAGAGCAGAGCACUUACCACAACACCCUGCUGGCACUGCGAGGCUUCUGCUCCCUCCAUGCCCAGGACCACCAGGGAGCCCUGCAGGACUUCCAGAGGGUCAUCGAGCACGAGUCCCCCCAUCCCAACAGCUGCAUCAAAGCCCUGUGUGGGCGUGGGCUGAUCCGAAUUUCUGGUGGCAGCAAUUACUUGACAGCCCUGGAUUAUAUCACAGCUUGCCAGUUAAAGCUGGAUGAAACCAUCUUCACCAUCAAGUCCUACGUGCCAUGGAACCAGAGGGGAUUGCUGCUGAAGGUCCUCCAGGAGGAAGGACAGAUGAUGCUCCAGAAGAAGAGGUAGCCAGGAGGCAGCUCAGUUUCCUUUCAGAAAAAGCAAACAGGGCUGUGCACAUUCCUAACCUUGAAGGUAGAUGCCCCUGGGGUUUUCCAGCUGGCUUCUCUCUUGGUGGAGCUGGACAGCUCCGAUGAGGCAUCCCAGAUCCUGUGUGCUGAUGCCCUGUACCAGAUGGGCCGUGGGGAAGAAGCCCACAAGAUGCUGUCACUGGCCCUCUCCAGAAACCCCCAGAGGGCUCCUGUGCUGGCCAGGCUGGCCCUGCUGCAGCUCAAGAGAGGCUUUUUGUAUGAUGGCAACCAGCUGCUGAGGAGACUGAUCAGAAUUGGAGACUCCUCCUGCCUCCUGCCAGUGCUGGACAUUUUCCAGGAGGAGGACCGAAAGCUGCUGCAGAGCCACUGCCGCUGGCGAGCCCUGGCCCUCCUGAAGGGCAAACAGGAGGCUGCUGCCAUCAAAGAGGCCAUUGCCCACCUGUCCUUUGCCAUCCUUGCUGCAGGUGGUUAUGCUGAGGAUUGCCUCCUCACCAGGGCCCGAUGCUAUGGGCGCCUUGGGCAGAUGAAAACUGCAAUUUUUGAUUUUAAUGCUGUCCUGAAGGAAGAUCCCAGGAAUGUGCAAGCUCUGAGUGGCCGAGGCUUUGUUCAUCUCGCUCUGAGGCAGCAGAAGGAGGCAGUGCAAGAUCUGUUCUCAGCACUGAAGGUGCAGGCAGGAGCAGUGAUCCCAGCAAUCCUGUCCUUGAAGCCUGAAACCCAAGGGUUGAUCACUGGGUGGCUCCUCCAGCAUGGCAGGGCCACUCUCAGCGAGCUCGUGGCCACCAAAGAUGUCCCAGGAGAAGAAACCCUCGGGGGCCUUCUCACCAUGGCAAAAGCACUGACCAAAAUCUGCAGGGCUGCACAAUAUCACAUCUUCUGCAUUGAUGUUUUGAUGGCAAAUGGAAGGCACCAAGAGGCCCUCAAGCACCUGCAGGAAGCCUUUGGCCCCUGUCCUGCUGAGGACUUUGCCAGGGCUCGCUUGGCUGUGCUGCAGCUGCAGAGCAGGAACGUGGCAGGGGCAGCUGCCCCGCUCAGUGUCCUGGCCAGGAGAGAUGAGAAGGACUUGGCCUUUCUCCUGAACUUUGUAGACACCAAGCAACAGGGACUCUUUAAGAUAUUCCCCUAUUUUUUCCCCUUCAUUACAUGGAUUUUCCCCUUUAUAACAUGGCUUACUCUGUCCCCACAGGCAGCAGCCCAGGAAGGGAAGGUGCUGAUGAAAAGCCACGACCACCAGCAGGCUCUGGGCUACCACAGCCUGGCUGUGCUGGCCAGCAGGGCCAGCCCCAGGUACCUGAGGCGCAGAGCUGCCUGCCUGAUGCACCUGAAAAAAUAUGAAAAAGCUCUGAAAGACAUGGAAAAAGUGAUCCAAGGGCAUGGCUGUAACAGCCCAAAAACACAGGCUGGGGACCACUGCUGCCAGGGCUUCCUGCUGCUGGCCCUGGCUCGGGAGGAGGCAGCAGUGCAGCACUACAUGCAAGCCCUGCAGCUGGACGAGCCCCUGGCCCUGGGCACCAUCACUGAGUGCCCUGGCAGGGAAUGUUUAACCAAAAUAUUUCACAAAAUUGCGCAGUGUAACUUUGAAAAGCAGCGUUAUGAAGAGGCCUGGAAAAUCACAGACUAUGGGCUCAAAAUUGAUAAAAGUUCUGAGCUCCAGAAGCUGAAAGCAAGACUCAAAAGGGAGGCAUCGAGCUGUAGCAUACAUUGAUUUCUCUGUUUGGGGAUUUUCCAGUCUGAUUGCUUUCUGGGAGGCUGCAAGGAUGAAGGAGAGAUGAGAAAGAUAAGAAAGAGAAGCUGAUGAUGAAUAUGCAACAGGCAUGACACUGAACAUGGAAUAGAAAGUUUAAGGCAGCAAAACAAAACUGACCAAGAGAGCAAUGAGAAAAAAAAGCAAAUUGCAGCAUACAGGAUUCCUUAAAAUUAUUGUGGAUUAUGUAAACUCCCCAUUGUGAAAAAAGCCUUUUUCUGGCUAAACAACAAAUUCUAACACAGGGGUUCCAGUCCUACUGAAGGAAAACAUUCAAAACACUUGCAGCUCAUGAAUAAUAAUCAUGUAUUUCCUAGCUAGCAUUUGAUGAGCUUUAACACAUACUGUUCAAUCAAUUUGCCUUAUUUUUAGGGGCCAGUUAAAAGGAUCAGUCAAAAGUAACUCCUGUAAGGUGUUUGUGAAGGCUCUGUCUGUUGGUUACUACUGGCAGGAAAACAUGAUCCAA